AUGGCAGGUGCCGACGUAGCUCCUCCGAACUCUCUGUGCAAACGAUGCAAUGAAGAGAAUGCUGUCCAAUCUAUCCGCUCAGAGAGAGUCUGCGAUAAAUGCUUUUCUCAAUAUGUCACAACCAAAGCAAUAAAGCGCAUGGAAACAUAUCGAGUUCGAGGUUCAACCGCGAAAGCGGCCAGGAAGUUGCUUUUCCCUCUCUCCUUUGGACCCUCGUCUGCCUCGUUACUCCACAUAUUGGACCAGCACCUCCAAGGACAAUACGAUCGAAUGAACCGAGCCGCUUAUGAAUUGAUCGUGUUACAUAUUGAUCUACAUUUGGAUGUUGCAGACCGAAAGGACACUUCUGAAUUGCUGGAGAAGUACAAAAGCCGCUUUCCAAGGCACACCUACUCCAGCUUGGGCCUUGAACAAGCCUUGCUCUUGGAUGGGAUAGACUGGAAGGCUUUGAACAUGCCAGAACCCCCUCAAGAUAUUUCACAGAAGUCUGGGACUGAAAGACUACAGCAACUCAUUGGAUCAAUGCCAUCUGCAACCUCAAGGACGGAUGUUAUCACAACCUUGCUCACCCGACUUCUAGUGGAUAUUGCAAAGAGAAAUGGCUGUGAAAGUAUUUUAUUUGCAGACUCAACCACGAGACUUGCUGAGAAGACACUCACAGAAACAGCUAAGGGACGCGGCUUUUCAUUACCCUGGCAAGUUUCUGAUGGGAUGUCCCCACAUGGAGUCGGGUUCAAUUAUCCCUUACGGGAUCUUCUCAAGAAGGAGCUCGUGACGUUCUCUUCGCUCGCAAUUCCUCCUCUCGCCGAUUUCAUCAUAUCCCACGGACCAUCCUCUCAAAUCUCUGCUUCGUCGAAGCUUACUACCAUUAACGAUCUCAUGGCUCAGUAUUUCGAGUCUGUCGAAGAAAACUAUCCAAGCAUUGUUGCCAACGUCGUUAGGACGUCCAGCAAACUCCAGCCUCUUACUGGCGAUGAGACUACAGCUUGUGGAUUGUGUGGGCUACCCGUAGCAGAAGGCACGGAUGGUAUUUACGGAUGGGGAGGAGGCCAAAAUUCGGCAUCACGAGCUGCAAAACAAGAUGGCAGCCAUGAGGUUCUUUGCUAUGGGUGCUCGAGAUCUCUUAAUGGCUGA